AUGUCCCUGUUUCCAUUUUUGCUCCUUCUGAGUAUAAUAACGUCUUGUGCAAGCACUGUAACCAAAGAAGUUGAAAAUACCUGCCCUACGAUUGCCUGCGGUUGUCCAGGCCUGAAUGGCUUUCCAGGAAAAGAUGGACAUGAUGGUACCAAGGGAGAAAAGGGAGAGCCAGGUGUAGGACUCAGAGGCUUGCAGGGGCCUCCUGGAAAGUUGGGGCCUCCAGGACCCCCAGGAAUUCCUGGGUCAAAAGGAGCAAUGGGACCAAAAGGAGACAGUGGGGAAAACGCAGAAUGUGAUACUAGCAUGGCGGACUUGGAAAUAGCAGCUCUGCGAUCGGAACUGAACCGCAUCAAAAAGUGGUUGUCCUUCUCUAUAGGUGAGGAAGUUGGGAAGAAGUUCUUCUUGAGCAGUGGCAAAAAGAUGAGCUUUGACGAAGUGAAGGCUCACUGUGCCAAUUUUCAGGCCUCUGUUGCCACCCCCAAGAAUGCUGAGGAAAACAGAGCCAUCCAGAAUGUGGCCAAAGACGUUGCCUUCCUGGGCAUCACAGAUGAGAAGCAAGAAGGCCACUUUGUGGAUACAACAGAAACAGAACAACACUACACUAAUUGGAAUACGGGUGAACCCAACAACGUUGACAGUGUGGAACACUGUGUGGUGAUCUUGUCAAAUGGCAAGUGGAAUGAUAUCCCUUGCUCUAACCCGUUUUUGGCAGUCUGCGAAUUCUCUGUUUGA